UCUGUUUUGGAGGAGAAUUCCCAAAUUUAUAAAAAGAAACAGAUUCCUGAAGCGGUACCAGAAGAAGUAUCUACACCCCUUCCAUCUACAGAGAUUCCAAAAAAGAAUGGUCGAAAAGAGAAGGUUAAAAUAGAUGAGAAGCCGAUUACUAAA